AUGUCAAUGAUUCAACAAGCGAAGCGUAUGGGCGUGAACACUGAGGUCUUCGGUGAUGCCUCCCCCUUUGGUGAUCCCAACUGGUACCAGUCUUACAACUCUCCCUACUACGACGACUCCCACAAACGUCUUAGGGCAUUCAUGCGCACUCUGGUAGAGGAGAAGCUCAUGCCUCACGUCCACGAGUGGGAUGAGAACCUCGAGAUUCCUCGUGAAGUCCACAAGAUGCUCGGCCAGAGUGGUAUCAACGUCCUCGCCAUGGGUCACCCUUAUCCUGUCGAGUACCAGUCCCCACCAGAUGUGCUCAAGGGAGUGCCACUUGACACCUUCCAUGAGUUGGUCCUCAGCGAUGAGCUCGCACGUGCUGGUAGCGGUGGACUGGCCUGGGGUCUGGUCGGCGGUUUGACCAUCGGCCUUCCCCCUGUGUUGAGGUUUGGCCCAAAGGCUAUGAGGGACCGCAUCGUGCCGGAGUGUCUGUCUGGUGAGAAGAUCAUCUGCCUGGCCAUCACCGAGCCGACUGCUGGCUCUGAUGUUGCCAAUAUCCGAUGCAGCGCUAAGAAGUCCUCUUGUGGGAAGUACUACAUCGUCAAUGGUGAGAAGAAGUGGAUCACCAACGGUAUUUGGGCUGACUACUUCACGGUGGCUGUCCGCACUGGAGGCCCCGGUAUGGACGGUAUCAGUCUACUACUCAUCGAGAAGACCAUGCCUGGUGUCACUACUAGAAGGAUGAAAUGCUCAGGUGUUUGGUCCUCUGGCACCACUUUCAUCUCCUUUGAUGAUGUCAAAGUCCCCAUCGAGAACCUCAUUGGUAAGGAGAAUAAGGGCUUCAAAUGCAUCAUGCACAACUUCAACCACGAACGUCUUGCGCUGUGCGCUCUCACCAACCGCUUCGCUCGAGUGUGCUACGAGGAAGCCCUGAAGCAUGCCAACAAGCGCAAGACCUUCGGCAAGACCCUGGUCCAGCAUCCCGUCAUUCGGUUCAAGCUCGGCGAGAUGGCUAGGCAGAUAGAAGCCACUCACGCCUGGGUGGAGCAAGUCGCCUAUCAAGUGGGGACGAUGCAUCCCCUAGAAGCUAACAUGAAGCUUGGCGGAGUCACUGCCCUGUUGAAGGUUCAAUGCACUAAAGUCUUCGAGUACUGUGCCAGAGAGUCGGCCCAGAUCUUUGGUGGGUUGUCGUAUUCUAGAGGAGGUGUCGGUGAGAAGGUCGAGAGGUUAAACCGUGAGGUAAGGGCUAUGGCGGUGCCUGGUGGCAGUGAGGAGAUCAUGCUGGACCUCGGCGUCAAACAGAUGUCCAAGUUGGCCGAGAUGGCCAAGGUCCUCGUUGAACAGGCGGAGCAGGAGAACGCUGCGAACAAGAAGCAAAUGGCGAUGGCUCGCAGUAUGGGCGUCAACACUGAUGUCUUCGGUGAUGCGAACGCCUUUGGUGAUCCAUAUUGGUAUCAAGCCGGAAAUAGUCCUUUCUACAACGAGAGCCACAAGAAGCUCCGUGAGUACGUUAGGGACCUUUUUGAGAAGGAGGUCUUGCCUCACGUUUUUGAGUGGGACGAAAAUCUGGAGAUUCCUCGGGAGGUGCACCGUCGUAUGGGCGCACUCGGCCUCACGUCCUUGGCGAUGGGCCAUCCUUACCCCGUUCAGUAUGGCGGCAUCCCUAAGUUUCUCGAGGGUGUCAAGAUUGACGUUUUUCAUGAGCUCAUUGUCUCUGAUGAGCUGUGCCGAUGUGGAAGUGGUGGCGUGGCCUGGGGUCUGGUCGGCGGUUUGACCAUCGGCCUUCCCCCUGUGUUGAGGUUUGGCCCAAAGGCUAUGAGGGACCGCAUCGUGCCGGAGUGUCUGUCUGGUGAGAAGAUCAUCUGCCUGGCCAUCACCGAGCCGACUGCUGGCUCUGAUGUUGCCAAUAUCCGAUGCAGCGCUAAGAAGUCCUCUUGUGGGAAGUACUACAUCGUCAAUGGUGAGAAGAAGUGGAUCACCAACGGCAUUUGGGCUGACUACUUCACGGUGGCUGUCCGCACUGGAGGCCCCGGUAUGGACGGUAUCAGUCUACUACUCAUCGAGAAGACCAUGCCUGGUGUCACCACUAGAAGGAUGAAAUGCUCAGGUGUUUGGUCCUCUGGCACCACUUUCAUCUCCUUUGAUGAUGUCAAAGUCCCCAUCGAGAACCUCAUCGGUAAGGAGAAUAAGGGCUUUAAAUGCAUCAUGCACAACUUCAAUCACGAGCGCUUUGCCCUGUGCGCCCAGACGAACAGGUUUGCUCGUGUAUGCUACGAAGAGGCUCUCAAGCACGCCCACCGCCGCAAGACCUUCGGUAAGCCUCUUAUCCAGCAUCAGGUCAUACGAUGGAAGCUCGCGGAGAUGUCCAGGCUCAUUGAGGCCACUCAUGCGUGGCUCGAGAAUGUGGCUUAUCAGCUGUCCACUAUGCAUCCUCUAGAAGCUAACAUGAAGCUUGGUGGAGUCACUGCUCUGUUGAAGGUUCAAUGCACUAAAGUCUUCGAGUACUGUGCCAGAGAGUCGGCCCAGAUCUUUGGUGGGUUGUCGUAUUCUAGAGGAGGUGUCGGUGAGAAGGUAGAGAGGUUAAACCGUGAGGUAAGGGCUAUGGCGGUACCUGGUGGCAGUGAGGAGAUCAUGCUGGACCUCGGCGUUAGACAAAUGAGGAAACUCGCUGAAAUGGCCAAAACUCUGGUCGCCGAGGAUAAUCAAACGAAUGAGGCGGCGAGCAGACUGUAGAAGAAGUCUGAUGGGGUUUCAUAUGAUUUGUCGUUUUCUGAGAUUUUUAUAUCACGUGGAUAAUUGCCCAUCCUUUUUAAGAAUGGUCAUCUCAUUGGCGAAUGGUAUG